AUGUUCUGGGGAGUCACCAUCCUUGGCGGACGCCGCUACACACAGACCGUUGAAAAGAGCUACCACAUUUCAAAGGCUGUCCUGGAUGUUCCCGUUGAUGGCAAGGUGACCGGAAAGCGCGUCCAGCUAAUGCUGGAGCACAACAAGAGCCAAUACCUGCUGUGCAAUCUUGAUUCGGACAAGACAAAUCAGGUUGAUUUGGAUUUGAUCUUCACUGAAGGAGAGGAAGUUACUUUUUAUCUGAAUGGAGAUGGUCCCGUGCAUCUCAGUGGCUAUGUCCUCGAGUUCAAUGACGACUUUGAUGAGGAUGACGAUGAGCUCUUUGACGAGGAGUCAGAGGAUGAAGAAGUAGAGAGCAAGUCUGCUAAACGCAUGGUGAAAGAAUCCAGCGAUAGCUUGAACCAAAACGCCAAGCGUGUGAAAAAUGACGAGCCUUCUGCUGGCUUUGCUGCUACUAAGAAAGCCAAGAUCAAUGGAUCAAUUGGAGAUGACGAUGAUGAUGAUGAGGAAGACAGCGAUUAUGCCCUUGGCAAUCUCGAUGAGGAGUUUGAUUCAGUUGACGAGGAAGACGAUGAAGAGUUGGACGAUGAGGAGGAUGAUGAAGAGGAGGACGAAGAGGACGAUGAAGAAGAAGACGAGCCAAAACAAGUGAAGCCAGCUCCCAAGGUUAAUGGCCAGGCUCCCAAACUUCAGCAGCAAAAGGGCACUCCCGGUCAAAAGGGACAGCAGCAGGGACAGGGUGGUCAGAAGAACACCCCUGGUGGCAAGCCGAACAACAACAUUUCGGGCAAACCGAACAACACUCCCGGCAAGCCAAACAACCAGACUCCAAAGGGCGGACAGCCUAAUCAAAACAACAAGUUUGGCCAGAACAAGGGUCAAAACAACUCUCCCCUUGGACAAAACAAGCCCAACAACAACAACCAAAAGGGACCUCAGCAACAGAAUCAGCAGAAGCAGGGCGGACAAAACAACAAGGCCCAGCAGUUCAACAAGCAAAAGGGAGGCUCUUUCACACCUGAUCCAAAGGGAGCCAAGAAGCUUCCAGGAGGUCUGCAGGUGAACGACGUCCACGUUGGAAGCGGCCCAGAAGCGAAGAAGGGCAAAUUUGUACACGUUCGCUACAUUGGACGACUGCCGAACAACAAAGAGUUUGAUCGCUCCACUGGAAAGCCGUUCUCCUUCCGCCUAGGCGCCGGCGAGGUGAUCAAAGGCUGGGAACAGGGACUGGAGGGCAUGAAGGUCGGAGGCAAACGAAAGAUUGUUGUGCCGCCCAGCUUAGGAUAUGGCAAUCGUUCCAUGGGACCCAUUCCAGCCAAUUCUACGCUUCACUUUGAUCUGGAGCUGGUUUCCAUCUCUUAA